AUGGUCGCCAUCACAGAUGAUAUUUUUGCCCCUCGAUUUGCUAUCCUGCAAGAUCUAUUCAGCGAUAAUGUAUCCGCACAGAAAGCCGCUGAAUAUUUGGCUUCAAUCUCAUUGGCAGAUACAGAGCCAGAGGAUGGCAUUACCAGCCUAUGGAACUUGAUAUUCAAGUGUGCAUACAAGUUUCCCGAGCACCAUGAUAAACUCGUCAAUGUGUUAGUCCAACUGUCAAAACUCCCGGACGCGAAAUCAUCAAAUGGAAACUCCAUUUUGCUCCACGAUAUGCAAGUCUGGAAAGACCUACCAAUGCUUGGCUGGCAAGUCCGUGACGAAUGGAAUGCAAGCGUACCUGCUGGACCUCCCGAGUCACGUCAAGAUGCAAUCUCCCGAAUUAUCAACCGGGAUAAAUUCACCGCCCGUUUGAUGGCGACCCAAGAACCUGUCUUUACAUACUCCUGGUUCGCAUUGAUUACCCUGCGCAAAGCACUGGAAACCCCAACAGACCAAUUAUCUGCGGGGGAUCUAGAAGCAAUGAUCCUUGCUGCUGCCGCGUGGAUCAGUAUCAUUGGGGCAGACAUCUAUCAGUGGAAUGAAGGGUUUGAUGGCGCUCUCGGGAAAGGUGGGCCGCUCUGGAAAGGUCAACAUGGAUUUUGUAAGGAGAGGUGGCAAUUUUGGAAAGAAAGAUUCGGGGAGUUGGUCAAAAUGGAAGUUGACAUUGGAGAUGAAGUGCGAACAACAGCAAAGGACGCAAAGCGAAUGAUGGAGGAGAUUGAGAAGUGA